CGAGGGAAGGGCGGCCCGUCCGCUGCCUCCGCCCGCGGGGCCCGCCGGACAUGGAGCCGGGACGGGCCGCCUGGAUGCUCCUGCUGCCGCUGCUGCCGCUGCUCCUGCUGCUGCCGGCCCUGCCCGCGGCCGCGCCGGGGGACUUCGACCCCUACCGCGUGCUGGGGGUGGGCCGCGGCUCCAGCCAGGCCGACAUCAAGAAGGCCUACAAGCGGCUCGCCCGGGAAUGGCACCCUGACAAAAACAAGGACCCAGGAGCAGAAGACAGAUUCAUCCAGAUUAGCAAGGCCUACGAGAUUCUCUCCAACGAGGAAAAGAGGGCAAACUUCGAUCGCUAUGGAGAUGCUGGGGAAAGCCAGGGCUUCUCUCAGCACCAGCAUCGCCAGUUCCAUCGUUUCCACGACGGCUUCUAUUUCGACGAGUCCUUCUUCCACUUCCCUUUCAAUUCCGAGCGACGCGACACCUCCGACGAGAAGUAUUUGCUCCACUUUUCCCACUACAUCAAUGAAAUCGUGCCGGACAGUUUCAAGAAACCUUACCUCAUCAAAAUCACCUCGGACUGGUGCUUCAGCUGCAUCCACAUCGAGCCCGUGUGGAAGGAAGUCGCUCAGGAAUUGGAGGCGCUGGGAGUGGGAAUCGGUGUCGUGCACGCAGGGUACGAGCGGCGCCUCGCCCACCACCUGGGUGCCCACAGCACUCCCACCCUGCUGGGGCUCAUUAAUGGGAAAAUAACCUUCUUCCACAACGCCGUCGUUCGGGAAAACCUGCGGCAAUUCGUGGAGAACCUUCUGCCGGGGAAUCUUGUCGAAAAGAUUACAGAUAAAAACUACAUCCGCUUCCUCUCUGACUGGAGGAAGGACAACAAGCCCCACGUCCUGCUGUUUGAUCAUAUGCCAGUUGUGCCAUUACUGUACAAGCUGACUGCCUUUGCCUACCGAGACUACCUGUCCUUUGGGUAUGUGUACGUGGGACUCCGAGGCACCGAAGAGUUGUCCAGCCAGUACAACAUCAACGUCUACAGUCCCACCAUGAUGGUCUUCAAGGAGUACAUCGACCGGCCCGCUGACGUUGUGCAGGCACGAGAGAUGAAGAAGCAGCUCAUUGAUGACUUCCUUUCUCAGAAUAAGUUCCUCAUGGUGGCCAGACUCACCAACCAGAGGCUGUUCCAGGAGCUGUGUCCUGUCAAGAAGUCUCACCGUCAGCGGAAGCACUGCGUGGUCUUGCUUACUGGAGAAGGAGAGAAGUUUGCUGAGGCUUAUGAGGCCUUUUUGACUUUUGCUGUGGCCAACACAAAAGACACCCUGAAGUUUGUGUACAUCUAUAACGAACGGCAGCCAGAAUUUGCAGACGCCUUACUGAUGGAUGAUGAGAAGUACCGGGGAAGAUCAGCUGUGGUCAUUCUGGAGAGACGCAAUAACGCGGGGAAGAUUGCCUACAAAGCCUUGGAGGAGGCCUGGCAAGGCAGCAAGGAGGACAACUUCAUCCUCCUGGAUCUCCUGGACCAGCUGAGGACGGACCCUGGCCUUCUGUCAUCAGAGACUGUCGUGGCAGACCUGAAUGAUGAGCUCGCUCCUAUGUUCCUUAUCCGAUGGUUCUACUCCUCGCUGGACUACAUCUCAGACUGCUGGGACAGUUUGUUUCACAGUAACUGGCGAGAAAUGAUGCCGCUGCUGUCCUUGCUCUUCUCCGCGCUCUUCAUUCUCUUUGGCACCGUUAUUGUUCAGGCUUUCAGUGAUUCGAGCGACACAAGGGACUCUCCGCCCUCGGAGAAAGAAGAAGCCGCCACAAAGACGGAGAAGAACGACGUGAGCUUCAGCAAAGAGAGUAACAGCAGGAUUCCCAAAAAGGGCUUUGUUGAGGUGACUGAGCUAACGGACAUCAACUACACCAGUAACUUGGUGCGCCUGAGGCCGGGCCACAUGAACGUCGUCUUGAUCCUGUCCAACUCGACCAAAACCCCCCUGCUCCAGAAGUUCGCCCUGGAAGUCUACACAUUUACAGGGAGCAGCUCUCUUCAUUUCUCCUUCCUCAGCCUGGACAAGCACCGAGAGUGGCUGGAGUACCUGCUGGAGUUUGCGCAGGAUGCAGCCCCCAUCCCAAACCAGUACGACAAGCAUUUCCUGGAGCGCGACUACACGGGCUACGUCCUGGCUCUGAACGGCCACAAGAAAUACUUCUGCCUCUUUAAGCCUCACAGAUCAGGGGAUGAGGGGGGAACCCUGGGAUCCUGCGAGGAUUACGAUGCCUCACUACACGCGGAAGCCAGAGGGAAACCCUCCUGCAGCCCGGGAUCUAGAUCCAUUAAAAACAAAUUACACAAAUUGUCCUUUUGGAUGGAACGCCUCCUAGAGGGUUCCUUACAGAGGUUCUAUAUCCCCUCGUGGCCUGCGUUAGACUGAGGGAUUUUACAGAGAUUCUAAGGGACAAACUUUUUAUGAAGAUGACAAAGGACAGCUCUUUCCAGGAAUACACAAACAAGCGUGAUGAAUGGACCUUAGGUUUUAGGUGAACCCUCCUGGGGCCGGAGACUAAAACAUAUCUCCCCACGUCCGGAGCCCGGGAGCGCAGCCAAGCACACCCACCUGCCCUCCACUGACCCAUCGUGCGCUCGGACGCCGUCCUACCGAAGAGCCAAGAAGUCUGUUUUUCCCUUCUUGUCCUGCCACAUCUGCUUCCCAAGUCACCCCUGUUCCAUCUCUCGUUUUACCUCAGUUGAAGAAAAACCCUGUGACUUCUCUCGGCCCGGACCAGCCGCGGCCAGUGGUGCAGGUCGGGUCGCGGUUCUCUCUCUCCCCAUCCCCGUGUGCUUAGCCCAUGGUGCAGUGCAUGGUGUAACACUGGCAAGACCCUGCAGACCCUCCCAG